CUGUUGCGCACCAACUAAUCCGUGCCGGAUCCAAGGGGUCAGUCAGCGAUCAACUUUCCACCGCUGGUCGGCCACAGUCCAACUUCGCACCCAAAGACCAAGACUGACUUUUGGGACUUUUUACAGUUACCCAAAAUCAGUCCUCCAUCACUUUUUGCCCAAGACUUCGAUACCCCAUUUUUUGAAAUUCAACCUCUUCCAUUCUGUUCUGUUUAGCUCGUCAGCAGCAGGCAGAGCAGAUCACUUCUCAACUUCUGUUUUCCUCGUCUGCAUCGACCACAUUCCUCCCGCCUUGUCUACGUAAACGAAUCUCCCCUCGUCAUCUAUCUGGUCUCGGGACCACGAUUCGCCCAACAUGUCGUGGAAGCUGACAAAGAAGCUCAAGGAAACCCACUUGACUACGACUCUGUCAAAUACCUUUUCCCGAUCACCCUCGACGUCCACUAUCACCGACAAAGAUGACAAGAGUGGAGACUCUGGAAUCUCGGGAGCGGCGACGCCGACAAAUGAGAGCAACGUCGCGAUAGAAACUCUAACCCAGGCACCGGUCGUUAAGCCCUCAAAACCAGGCAUCCUCGUGGUUACUAUACAUGAGGGCCAAGGCUUUUCGCUACCGGAGCAGCAUCGGGCAGCGUUUGGCAUCGGUAACCAACAUUCGUCUUCGGUCUCUACCGGCAAUGGCUUUGGCGUCGCUGGCUCGGUCCGACCCGGCUCGUCACAAAAAAGUCCUGGUGUCUUUAACGGAAGGCCACAGACGUCAGGCGGCGGCUUCGGAACCCUGCCAACAAACCACGGUCGAUUCUCGGGCAAGUACAUGCCCUAUGCACUGAUCGACUUUGAUAAGGUUCAAGUCUUUGUCAACUCGGUCGAAGGCUCUCCCGACAACCCUCUUUGGGCAGGUUCCAACACGCAGUACAAGUUCGACGUCUCGCGAGUCACGGAGCUCACGAUCCACCUCUACAUAAGAAACCCCAACGCACCACCCGGAUCAGGACGCAGUCAGGAUAUUUUCCUAGGCGUCUGCCGGAUUCAGCCGCGAUUUGAGGAGAGGCAGCCGUUCGUUGAGGAUCCCAAGAUGAGCAAGAAGGACAAGGAGAAGGCCCAGGCCGAGUGGGCCAAGCGGGAGCGGGCACUCGGUUUCAGUGGUGUCGAGUGGGCUGACGUUCAAUACGGCACGGGCCGCCUUAAGAUUGGCGUUGAGUUUGUCGCCAAUAGGACUGGCAAGCUCAAGCUUGACGAGGACUUUGAACUCCUCAAGGUGGUCGGCAAGGGCAGCUUCGGCAAGGUCAUGCAGGUGCGCAAAAAGGACACGAACCGAAUCUACGCCCUCAAGACGAUUCGGAAAGCACACAUCAUCUCGCGUUCCGAGGUCACCCACACCCUUGCCGAGCGCUCCGUCCUGGCCCAGAUCAACAACCCUUUCAUCGUGCCCCUCAAGUUCGCCUUCCAGUCCCCCGAGAAGCUCUACUUCGUCUUGGCAUUCGUCAACGGUGGUGAGCUGUUCCACCACCUGCAGAAGGAGCAGCGGUUUGACGUGAACCGUUCGCGGUUCUACACCGCGGAGCUCAUCUGUGCGCUCGAGUGUCUGCACGGCUUCAACGUCGUCUACCGCGACCUGAAGCCCGAGAACAUCCUGCUCGACUACCAAGGCCACAUUGCCCUCUGCGACUUUGGCCUGUGCAAGCUCGACAUGAAAGACGAGGACCACACCAACACCUUCUGUGGAACUCCCGAGUACCUGGCGCCCGAGCUCCUUGAGGGCAAGGGAUACGACAAGGCCGUCGACUGGUGGACCCUGGGCGUGCUGCUUUAUGAGAUGUUGACAGGCCUGCCACCUUUCUACGACGAGAACACAAACGAGAUGUACAAGAAGAUCUUGUACCAGCCUCUCGACUUCCCGGGCCCCGAGGUAGUACCGCCUGCCGCUCAGGACUUGCUGAGGAAGCUUUUGGACCGCGACCCCAAGACCCGUCUCGGAUCCCCGGAGCGCGGACGCGGAGCUGCCGAGAUCAAGUCGCACCCCUUCUUCCACGCCAUAGAUUGGCGCAAGCUGUUGCAGCGGAAGUAUGAGCCGGCGUUCAAGCCCAGUGUGGCCAAUGCUCUCGACACGACCAACUUUGACCCCGAGUUCACAUCCGAGGCACCACAAGACUCUUAUGUCGAAGGACCAGUGCUCUCACAGACAAUGCAGGACCAGUUCCAGGGCUUCAGCUAUAACCGACCGAUUGCGGGACUUGACGACGCCGGCGGUAGUGUUAAGGACCCUUCGUUCGUCGGCAGCCUUCAGGGAGGAAGAUAGAGUUUUUGAAUCUUUUUAUUCCACGGCCUUUCCUGCCGAGGAGCAAAUCAUGAAAAUAAAGAGCAAAGGCUAUCUAGCCGAGUUUUGAUGCCACAAGUGAAAACUUGACAAAUAACACUGGUUGUGUAAAGCGCAUCACACCAAGGAAUGAUUUGGCGACACUGGCAUAUAGCGCCAUUUCAUGAUUUUUAGAAAAGGGAUGCGCCGGAGCCUUUUUUUUUUUAU